UUGUCGUCUUCAAAUCAAAGGGGAAAAUUAAUUCCCCAAUUCACAGGGAAUUACGAUGCUUGUGGCAAGAUUUCUCAGUUCCAGGUGCAGUUCUCCGAUUCUUUCAUCGUUAAUUUCUACAUUUUCUCACUCAAUUUCAUCACUAUCUGAGAAAUUCCCCACUAAUUUUGACGAAUCUCAUGUUCUGAAUCAACUUUCCGACCUUUUACCCAUCCGUCGAACCUCUUCAAUCGGAAAACCCAUUCCUGCAGAUUCCUCUGAACCAAAAAAUCAAUUUAGGGUUUUCGAUGAGCUUUUAACUCCCGAAGAUAAGUUACGCGGCAUUUUUCUUCAGAAACUUCAGGGAAAAACAGCAAUCGAGAAGGCACUGACAUCUGUUGACGUAGAAUUAACGGUUGAUUUAGUUGCUAAAGUAGUAAACAAAGGGAAUUUAGAUGCUGCAUCAAUAGCUACAUUUUUCAAUUGGGUUAUCAAACAACAAAAAAUACCUAUUGAUAAUGAUACUUACUGUAUAAUUCUUAAAGCAUUAGGGAGGAGGAAGUUUUUCGGGCAGAUGGUUGAAAUGUUAAAGGAAAUGAGGAAUCAAGGAGUUAUGCCUGAUUCAGUGACACUUAACAUUGUUGUUGAUAGCUUUAUUCGAGCUCGACAAAUUUCAAAGGCUAUACAAUUGUUUAGUGGAUUAGAGAACUAUGGAUUGAGAUGUAAUACCGAGACACUUAAUGUUAUUUUACAGUGUUUGUGUCGUCGAUCACAUGUAGGUGCUGCGAGUUCAUUACUUGUGAAAAUGAAAGAGAAAGUUUCAUUUGAUGUCACAACCUAUAACAUAGUCAUUGGUGGGUGGUCGAGAUUUGGAAGAGUUAAGGAAGUCGAGAGAACCUUAAAAGCAAUGGUGGAUGAUGGAUUUGAGGCAGAUAAUUUGACUUAUAGUUGUGUUCUUGAAUGUUUAGGGAGAGCUGGUCGAAUUGAUGAUGCCAUUGAGAUUUUUGAGGGUUUGGAGGAAAAAGGGCGCGUAUUUGAUGCUGAGAUAUACAAUGCAAUGAUUUCGAAUUUCAUUGGACAGGGUGAAAUUGAUGAAUCAUGUAAAUAUUAUGAGAGGAUGUUAAAUACGGAAUGGGAGCCGAAUGCUGAUACUUAUAUGAGACUAAUAUCUGCUUUUCUGAAAGCUAGAAGAGUAGCUGAUGCAAUUGAAAUGUUUGAUGAAAUGUUAAGCCGGGGGAUGAUUGUAACUACAGGGAAUGUAACCUCUUUUCUUGAGCCUUUAUGUAGCUAUGGUCCACCUCAUGCAGCUCUAAUGAUUUACAAGAAGGCGAGACAAGCUGGAUGUAGGAUAUCCUUGACUGCAUACAAGUUGCUGCUUAUGCGGCUUUCUAGGUUUGGAAAAUGUGGUAUGCUGUUAAACAUAUGGAAUGAGAUGCAAGAAAGUGGUUAUUCUUCUGAUAUGCAAGUUUAUGAGUAUGUCAUCAAUGGGCUUUGCAACAUAGGGCAGCUUGACAAUGCUGUCCUGGUAAUGGAGGAAGCUUUAGAGAAAGGAUUUUACCCUAGCAGGCUUAUUUGUAGCAAAUUAAACAACAAGUUACUAGGUUCAAACAAAAUAGAGAUUGCAUACAGGCUUUUUCUAAAGAUAAAAAUUGCACGUGGAAAGCAAAAUUCACAGACAUACUGGCGUGCUAAAGGGUGGCAUUUCUAAUCUUUGCACAGUCAGCUGGUUAGUGCAACUGUAUCUGCUUUCAGAGUGAUGAAUAUGACAAUAAUCAAGGGUCAAACUUCAUUGCCAUUAGCUGCCACUGGCAAUGAACUGAAUCUGCUCUUUUGCUUUCCAAAUGGGCAUCAAUUGCCUUGUACAGAAGGGUAAUGUUUGAGAAAUUAUUCGAAGCAGCAGGGACUGAAGUAUUGUUUUGCAUUAUCAUGGCGGGGGUAAUAUAUGAAAAUUUUGUUGAAGCAUGGGGGACUGAAGUGUUACUUUUCUUUGCUAGAAGUUGUUCUGCGGAAGUAUGGAGAAGUCAUUCCAAUCUGAGUCACAUAUUUAACUUUGACCAUUGAGGUGAGUGCUUCUAGUUGUCGUCAAGUUGUGCAGUUGGUAACGAAUGUAUUUUAACCUCUGUGCUAGCAGCAACAUAAAAAGUUAAUUGGGAUGGAGCAGGACAUGAGCUUUGUCUCUCGUCAAUUUUGGGAGUGUUGUUUCUUUAUCAGCAGACAUUUCCUCAAGGAAAUCGUCAAAGCUGGACUCUUGAAAAUAAAUGUUUCAUCAAUCUCCCAGAAGUAAAGAAAUGGUAUCUGAUGCUAUGGUUGUAACUUGUAAGGAUUUAAUAUCAUGGAACUCUUUGAUAUGCCAGAUAAAGCCCUUAAGUACUUUCAGGAGAUGAUGUUAAAGGACAUUCAACCUGACCUGCUGCUGUAGUGAGCUUUUACUCCUCUAGUAUUGCUCGAACCAUAAAAUUCCUCUGAGCUGUUCUUUUCAUUGAUUUAUAUACUUGAGGAGAUGUUGAUUCCGGAAGACAUUACUUUGGUGGAAUGCCAUGGUUGAUACGCAUUCUAACUUGCGUUUUAGUGAUUGCACUCAUGAGAGAUCCAUGUUAAGGAUGUAGUUUUGUGGAACAGAGUGACCACAGGUAAUGCUGAAAAUGGCCUUGCAAGAGAGGUUAUUGAAGUAUAGGACAGUGACGAAUGGCCAUGAUGCAUUUGCACCGAUCCGAGGACCUAGGAUGAUCAUCUUACCAGCACGUGCCAUUUAGGCGCAUUGCAAGAAGAGUGAUCGAGGUGACUCAUGGGCAUGUGUUCGAGGUUGUUCUUCAUCUGUCUGUCUUUAUUUGUACCUUCCUCAUCGACAUCUAUGAAAAAACAUGCAAGGGGCUGGACGAUCAUUGUCAUGGUAUCCAUGGGAACGGUAUGAUAUCUCUGCAACUAUUUAAGGAUAUGCUGGAAAUACAUGUUUUCGUUCUCCACUGUGAAUUGCAUGCCAUUAAGGAUUAGUUGAAGAAGGUGAUCAUGCAAGUAUUUCUGCGCAACGGAGGAGUUUGUUAUUAAGCCUACACUAAAGCAGUUUAGCUGCAUGAUGGUACUGUUUUCUAGGGCCUUACAAGCAUGUCGUUUGUCCAGAUGCUUCUCUCUGGGAUGCCCAUAUUGUUGCUUACAGAGUCUUUAUGGAAAUACAGAGCUGGUUAAAUUGGCUUCAGAUAAUUUGUUUGAAAUCAGAUCCCAUUUCCCGAGGCA